AUGCCACCGCACCUACACCCGCGUUCCACAGCAACCUCAACCCUCUUCGCGGGGACACUGCUCGCCUCCUUCAUCGUGGUGGGCAUCCCCCACGUAUUCCCCUGCCCACGACCUCGCACGGGCUACGCGGCGGACGCAGGGCGAGCGACAGUAGAGCUGGAUGAAGACGGGAACCCUGUUGUCCGACGAGGACAAGCCAGGAGACUAGAGGACAAACCAUCCACUGGGAAGACACCAGCGGAGGUUGCUCAGGAGAAAGAACUUCCGCAAAGCAAGGCGCCGCAGCCGCAACCUCGUACAAAGGGCCUAACUGCGUCCAAGGCCCUAGACGAAGAAGCAGCCCUGUUCAGAGAGCUGCAGGCCGAAGCAGAGGCAUUGGAAACGCAGGCUAGAUCAGCGAGGGAAUGCCCCGUGCCGAAGCCGAGGGGCUGGGUCGGGAGAAUGCUAGGGUUCGAGGAGCAGCAGGGUAGGAAAGAAGUCGUGGCAGGUAAAGAAGGUGGAUGA